AUGUCGACCGGGCGCAAAGUCUUCCACUGUGCUGUGGACGAGACAGCCCUGUCCACCAAUAUCAGUGAAAUCAAGAAAUGGACCGCUAACGGUGCUAUCGAUCUUGUGGUUCCUCUCUACACACUUGAACGACUCCAUGCGCUGAAGAGGGCGGGAUCUCAGGUCGCCAUCAAUGCCCGCGAGGCAGUCCGCUUUCUUGACCGGGUCACUUCCGGCAAAGAUCACAUCUCUGCCGACCGAGUUCUCCUCCAGGGCCCAAUGGAGCAAUACGAGCGCUGGGAAGAGGCCGAGAAAUUCUUCCUGCCGGAAUUUGAAGAGGAGCCCGAGGUAACCGAUGAACCAGUUACCAACGGGGAACCGGCGACGGAAGCCAAUGCCGAUGAUACUUCGACCAAGAACGAGUCGGAUGAUUUGUCGCGGAUGCUCUUGUCCAAGCUGAACUUCAAGAAGGACCAGGAGGCUGUUUCAAUCACCUCCGUCGGCACCCCCAGUGGACCUGGAUCGCGUACAUCCUCUCGCAGCUCUCAUACCAGCCCCGAAUGCGCCCAGCAUGAGUCCAACAAUGGAACAAAGAAUGACAAGACCAAGAGCAAGCCUUCUAACCAUCAGCGCACCACCUCCGGAUCCGUGAUCCCGACCGCGCCGCCCGCUCUGCGCCCAUUGCUGAGCGCUCUGCUCUGGCGGUUGCAUACCGGCCCUGAUGCCGAGAACUCCUCCAAGACCUGCAUUCUCAUCUCCAACGACCGUGAGACCCAGGUGUGGGCUCAGAAGUUUGGCAUUGGUGUCAAGAACAUUCUGCAGCUCCGCACCGCUAUCCAGUACGAGGAGCGCGAGUACAAAAACCGCUGCAAAUAUGUUGAGAAAACACAGGCCCAACCCGCCGAACCGAAGACAUUGUUGUCCUACGAGGAGGAAAGCGACGAAGAUGAGCUGGUAUUCGUCCCCCGCGGUCGUGGAAAAGGAACCGCCCGAGGUGCUUCGCGUAGUGGGGGUCAGCGAAAGCCUGCCCCCAAGGCUGCGCCACCUCCCAUUGAGCCUACUACUAUCGUGGAAGUUCCUACCAAGCCCAUCGACCCGGACUCUUUCAGCCGGUCUCUAGGCGGUGCAACCAAGCCUCCCGCUAUAGACUCGAGCGUCCAACAGGGUACCGCCGGUGCCACCGGAGGCCGCGGUAAUGCUGGAGCCUCUCGCCGCUCAUCCAAUGGUCGCCGUGGUGGAUCUUCGCGCGGUGCACGAGGCAAUGGUCGUGGCCGUGGUAAGCUCUGGGUUCCUUGA